AUGGGUCUCUCCACCAAGCUUUUUGCGGUCCUCUUCCUGCUAAUCAUUGGUUAUACUGAGACGCAGCUGGGACCAGUGACUAUGGCAGUGGCGAGGAAGUGUGAGUCGCAGAGCCUCCACUUCAGGGGACCCUGCUCAAGAGACACAAAUUGUGCAAGUGUUUGCUUGACCGAAGGUUUUUCUGGUGGCGUGUGCAAAGGCCUACGCCACCGCUGCUUCUGUACCAGAGACUGCUAG